AUGCGUUCCUCCACUCUCCUCGCUGUCCUCGGCACUGCCAGCCUCGCUGCUGCUCAAACCACCAUUACCAGUAUUUACGUGAGCACGCCGACCUCAACUUCUUUGACACCUCCUCGUCAAAACGAGCGCCUCCAGUCUUGUCUAGCCGCUUGCAUGAUCCAAUUCCCGGCUCUCCCUCGUGUUACAGGUGGUGGUGGUGUUAUUCCACCUGCGCCUGCUGCCAAGGGGUGUCGGGGUCGGACGGACAGGCUGGAUCGGGUUGCGCGUGAUGUCGGACCGUGUCAUCCCCAUCAACCUCCUUCUCCUCUUCUCCCGGUCACUUUUCCUCCGUUUCCUCCCCCGAAAGCGCCUAUUCCCAUUCAGACUCCUCGUCCUGUUCCUGUUAACUCGCUGUCUCCUGAUCCUGAUUCUGCGGGGUUUGUGCCUGGGAAUGAGGAUGAGAACGAGCAGACCUACGAGGAUCCCCCUCCUCUUCCUGACGACCCUCCUGUUGCGUCGCUUCCCCCUCUGGGAUUUUAGUUAUCCCUACCUAACCACCCCUUCUCUCCCCUUU